AUGACGACGACGACGACGGCCGCGGCGGCGGUGGCGACGGCGAGCGGCGGUGCUCUCCUCUCUUCCCCUCUCUCUCGUCACCACCAGCAGAGAAGGUCUUCUUCUGUUGGUUCCCCCUUCGUCGCCAUCGCCAAGCGGCGACAGCAUCUCUCAUCGGCCUGCAUCAACCUCCCAAAUCCUUCCCCACGCUUCUCCCCCGUCGUGGCCGCCGCCGCCACUCCGGCGAGGUCUUCCACAUCCACCUUCCAUGGACCCUGCUACGUGGUGGGAGACAACAUCGACACCGACCAGAUCAUCCCCGCACAGUACCUCACCCUCGUCCCCUCCAAGCCCGACGAGUACCGCAAGCUUGGAUCCUUCGCCUUAAUCGGUCUCCCGCACGAUGCGUAUCCGAUCCCCUUUGUCGAGCCCGGCCACGAGACCACCAGAUUCCCGAUCAUCAUCGGGGGUUCCAACUUUGGCUGCGGCUCCUCCCGCGAGCACGCGCCCGUCGCCCUGGGGGCGGCCGGCGUGAGGGCCGUCGUCGCCGAGUCCUACGCCCGCAUCUUCUUCCGCAACUCCGUUUCCACCGGAGAGGUUUACCCUGUCGAGUCGGAGGCCGUGGGAAUGUGGAAGGAGUGCUCCACGGGGGACAUCGUCACCGUGGAUCUCGCCGAGAACGCGCUCAUCAAUCACAGCACAGGGAAGCAGUACACGUUGAAGCCGAUUGGCGACGCAGGGCCGGUGGUCGAGGCUGGUGGAAUCUUCGCCUACGCAAGGCAGACCGGCAUGAUCUCGUCGGCAAGGUCCGACUGA